UUCAGUUAAUUAGUUUUAAGUUUUCAAAGCAAAACACAAAAAACCGAAACGAAUCACUGCACAAACAUGAUUAACAUGGACAUAAGUGUGACACCCAAUUAUUCGUAUAUUUUCGAUUUCGAAAAUGAUUUCAUUCAUCAGCGCACGCGCAAAUGGAUGGUGGAGAACUGGACAUGGGUCUUCUACUAUUGUGGCAUCUAUAUGCUGGUCAUAUUUGGUGGGCAACAUUUUAUGCAGAAUCGUCCCAGAUUUCAGUUACGUGGUCCAUUAAUUAUCUGGAAUACCAUGCUGGCCAUGUUUAGUAUUAUGGGUGCAUUCCGUACAGCUCCAGAACUUUUGCAUGUUUUACGUCACUAUGGAUUAUUCCAUUCCGUUUGUGUUCCUAGUUACAUAGAACAAGAUCGUGUCUGCGGCUUCUGGACAUGGUUAUUUGUACUCUCCAAAUUACCCGAAUUAGGCGAUACCAUAUUCAUUGUGUUGCGUAAACAGCCGCUGAUCUUCUUGCACUGGUACCACCACAUUACUGUGCUGAUCUAUUCAUGGUUCUCAUACACCGAAUAUACCUCAUCGGCCCGCUGGUUUAUUGUCAUGAACUAUUGUGUACAUUCCGUGAUGUACUCCUACUAUGCCCUGAAGGCGGCCCGUUUCAAUCCACCACGAUUCAUUGCCAUGAUCAUCACCUCACUGCAGCUGACCCAAAUGAUAAUUGGCUGUGCCAUAAAUGUGUGGGCCCAUGGUUUCCUGAAGACACACGGACCCCAAUCCUGCAAUAUUUCACAGACCAAUAUUAAUCUAUCGAUUGCCAUGUAUUUCAGCUAUUUUGUAUUGUUUGCCCGUUUCUUCUAUAAGGCAUAUUUGUCACCCGACGGCAAGAGCCGGCGUAUGGCUGCAUCGUUGGUUGCCCAAAAUUCGGCAAAAUUGAGGCCCACAACUAUGCCCACUAGUAGCAGCAGCAAACCUUUGACAUCAACGAACGCCGAAAAUGAUAUUCAUUUGCGUAAAACAAAAGACCAAUAAAUGACC